GUCUCACAAUGGGUGGAAAAGUUGGGAGACCCUAAUAGGAAAUAUAGAAAAAGCCCAAAGAGACUAGCAAUGACUUGGAUCACUGUGCUUUACUAAGCUACUGCUGCCCAUUUUUGCUAAGCAGCAGAGUCAUGGUAAACAAAUUCCGCAGAAAAAUUGGUGAAGCCUCUUCCAUUUCUAACAUUACUCAACCCAAGUUCGGGAAAAUCAUUUUUUCCUCACAUGAAUUAUGCCGUCUCAGGAUUCCAGAAGGAUUUUCCAGCAGAUAUUGCAAGAACAUGCUAAACCCUGUGUUUCUUGAGGUUCCCAGUGGAGAAGUAUGGGAGGUUGACGUGGAGCAUUCUGAAGGCCAUAUUUGGCUAGCCCAAGGAUGGAAGGAUUUCAGUGAUUAUUAUUCAAUAAGCCGCGGACACUUUUUGAUUUUCGGAUACAAUGCGCGUUCACAUUUUAAUGUCACUAUAUUUGAUUUGAGUGCAGCAGAAGUUGAUUAUCCAAUAGCAGAGAUUGAGUCGGAUGAUUCAAUAGAUAUUUCGGAUGUGGUUGAGCAUUCUUCUGAAAAUCUGAGCCGUGGCCCCUUGAUAGAAGAGGGAGAAAGAAAAAGACAAGGAGGGGAAACAGAGGAUGAUGACCUUCAAACUAAUGUAAUCGAGGAAGAAGAGUCUCAAGGGAAUGUAGUUUCACCAGAAAUAAGUGAAGUCUACAAGGAGCACGAGCAACAAACCAAAAUUGUCACCAGUGAGAGUGAGAGCGAGGCAGAGAGGGACCAAGAGAUUGCUGAAAACUAUCAAAGAGCAAAAGCUUUUAAAUCUAAGAAUCCAUUCAUUAUAUCUUUUAUGCAUACAUCAUAUGUGUUGAGACCACACACUCUGUACAUACCAUUGAAAUUUGCUAUGAAGUACUUAAUGCAGAACAGUGGCAAUUUAGUGUUACGCGUUCCAGGGAGGGGAUCUUGGUCUGUCAAAUGCAUUAUACUGAGGAAAGAUGCUAAAGUUACUUGUGGUUGGAAAGCGUUUGUUCUGGACAAUAAGUUAAAAUAUGGUGAUGUUUGUGUCCUUGAAGUGAUUAAUGACACUAAGCUUUCUUUGAUAGAGGUCACCAUAUUUCCAGGGGUUUCUGAUAGUACAAACUGAGUCUAUCAAUGUGAGGCUUUGGUUCCAUGUUCUCAAUGCAUAUAUACAUCCUAUCAAAGAGCAAAAGCUUUUAUAUCUGAAAAUCAAUUCUUCAACACAUAAAUACAUUCUAUUCGCUUUUUGCAAGUUGCUACAUUUGCAAAGGGGAGUAUUCCUCCCAAAAUAGAUUAGAGCAAUUUUGCCUAAAGCAUGUAAACGUUAGUGUCUUAUUUUGUAAUAUUAGCUUCUUUUAUAGAGUUUUCUUUUCAUGAACUUCUUGUGUAGAGUUAUGUUCAACUUUGGCAUGUGUUAUGAGGAGGUAAGACAAUGUGUCGUCCCUACUUCAUGUACUCUUUGGAUAUUAAUGUUCGAAGUAAGGUCAAAGCCUAACCCCCGGCACCAUGAUUCUGUGUGAAAUAAAAGAACCUUUCUGAUGGUUGACCUUGAUGAUUCCAA